AUGGAAGACGCCCAAAACGCCCUGGGGAUGAUGAUAUACCAGAUACUGAACAAUCAAGUGCGAAAAACGUGCUUCGAGAAAUGCUUUGGUCAGAAAUUUUCCGAGCAAAUGGGGAAGAAUGAGCAGAUCUGUUUGGCCAAAUGCAUGGACCGAAUGUGA